GGGACCCACCGACCGCCGCGGAGCGCCAUGGGCCGCGCAGGCGCGCGCUCCGCCUCGGCGCUGCUGCUGCUGCUGGUGCUGCUGCGGGCCGAGCGACCGCGGGGCGCCGAGCUCACCUUCGAGCUGCCCGACAGCGCCAGGCAGUGCUUCCACGAGGACGUGGAGCGGGGCGCCAAGUUCUCCCUGGACUACCAGGUCAUCACCGGAGGCCACUAUGAUGUCGACUGCUACGUGGAGGACCCCCUGGGGAACACCAUCUACCGGGAGACCAAGAAGCAGUAUGACAGCUUCACCCACCGGGCUGAGGUCAAGGGCGUUUACCAGUUCUGCUUCAGUAAUGAGUUUUCCACCUUCUCUCACAAGACCAUCUACUUUGAUUUUCAAGUGGGUGACGAGCCCCCCAUUCUCCCAGACAUGGGGAACAGGGUCACAGCUCUCACGCAGAUGGAGUCGGCCUGUGUGACCAUCCACGAGGCCCUGAAGACGGUGAUCGACUCGCAGACGCAUUACCGGCUCCGCGAGGCACAGGACCGGGCCCGGGCCGAAGACCUCAACAGCCGUGUCUCCUACUGGUCAGUCGGCGAGACCGUCGCCCUGUUUGUGGUCAGCUUCAGCCAGGUGCUGCUGCUGAAGAGCUUCUUCACAGAGAAGCGGGCUGGCCCCCGGGCGCCGCACUCCUAGGCCCGUGUCACGGGCUCCUGCCGGGCCCGAGGGCGACCGUGGGCUGGGGCAUCCCGCUGCUCACUCCUCGUACCCCAGUGGCCGGUGCCUCCAAGCCUGACGAUCCAGAGGCUUCUAGCCACGUUCCGUGGGGAACACCGAGAAAAGCGUGCUCUGGGCUCGGGGGGCCUGGUCUGGCCGGAGGAGGAGCCCCGGGUACCCAAGCCUCUUGGGGCAGUGCAGGGAGCCCCUCUGUCCACGGUGCGUGGGUUGUCGGGCCUGUGUGUGUCCUGUCCUCUGUGGACAAGGAGGGGCCGUCGUCUGGCUUGUCUCCGUGGAGCUCACUGGGUCUGUGGAGACAGGCCCUGAGGCGGCUUUGCAGAGACCCCCGCCGCAGGUGAGCAGCAGUGUCCUCUGUGGAGGCAGGAGCCUGGAGGCCAGGUGCCCGUGGUGAGCCGUGGGUCUCCCGGAUGCAGCCCUCUGGUCAGUAAAAGCUAAGUAGGAGCUCCA